AUGUCUAUGCCUGCGAAAGACGUCGCUUUCAUCGUCCUGGCGGCUUAUGUCCCUUUGGGGGUUCUAAGCUUCUGGGGCAUACCAGAAUUGCUGCGACAGUUUUACCUCUCCAAUGCGCUGCCUCUCAUGCUUCUCAGUCAUGCUGUUCCUGUUCUUACCCUAGCCUUUACACGUCCGUCGUCGCCGGUGCGACUGACGUUACUGCCUUUCGCGUCUGUCGCCAGCAUAUGCUACCACCGUCUGUCUCCGGAGGUCUUUCCCAAUCGAAACCAAGCGGGCGGGUUAGACGGCCCGUUCAUGCUUUUGUUUUUGACUGUUGUCGAUGUCUUCGGGCUGCAGAGGCUGUACAUGGACGACCGGGGCGUGGAGAGAAAAGGCCGACCGGAUAUCGGGAAAGAAAAGAAGGAAAUGGGAGAUCAAUCAUCUCUGUUGAAGGCCAGUCCCCAGAAUCCGUGGACGAGACUGAAGUGGGCGAUGCAUGUCAUGUUCAGCUAUCGAGCAAUUGGGACAUCCCGGCAAACCCCAAACAUACCUUCGUUUUAUCCAGAUAUUCCAUCCCGUAUGCGUUUCAUCUGGAGCCAGUGUAUCGCAUGUGCCUUGGGAUAUCUGGUGCUAGACCUUCUGGCAAACCUUCGAUUGGCGCCAGUGGAGGCUUUCUCUGCGGAGCGAGCAGCAAUUUUUCUUUCACCACAACUAUGGACACUUCCCUGUUUGCGUCUGCGGCUUAUCGCAACGUUCUUGUUCUGGGUUGACCGAUAUACGACAGUUCGGUUCAUCUAUGAUAUUACCAGUAUCUUUGGUGUCGCAACGGGCCUCACAGAACCUAAAGACUGGCCUCCGUAUUUUGGAAGUAUCGAGAACGCAUGGACUAUCCGUCGGUUUUGGGCCGUGUUCUGGCACUCAGGCUUGCGCAAUCCGCUCUCGAGCAACAUCCGCUUCAUCGUCUACGAUGUCCUCCGCUUGCGUAAACGGUCAUUCGAGGGACGAGUCCUCACCGUGUUGUUGACAUUUGGCCUGAGUGGAACGAUUCAUUACUUCGUGGAUGAGGUUAUUGGCAUCCCGGGGUCUGAUAACCGGGCCAUUUUGGCCUUUAUGAUACAGGCAGUUGGUAUCACUAUCGAGGACCUAGCUCAGCAAGCCUACUUCAAACUUACCAAGCCGAAAGUAUCGGGCAAUACUGGAAGGUCUGGGGAGGUCACAGCGAGACAGGGAGAGCUACCGGAAACGUGGCAGCUUUUGGUGGGCUACAUUUGGGUGGCGGUUUGGUUGCUUUACACGGCUAGCCCGUACGCUUACGGCUAUUUUCGCAACGCCCCUGAAUCGAUGUUUGCAGUGAGCGUCAUUCAAUUGCUCAAGCAGUAUCUAGCAUAA